GAGGCGCAGCUGCAGCAUGAAGUGUGCUGCUGUGCCUUUUUUGCUUUUCCUCAUUUCUAUCUGUAUCCGCAAUUUGCGUCCCCCCAAUUACUUUCACUUUUUCCCUUCUACGAAUAUCAUUCUAAUAGUUUUUGACGAUGGGAUACUCAUCUCAUCACUAAGCAAGUCUCAAGUUUCCACUUGUCCUACCAAUACGUGAGCGUACUUCUGUACACAUCCAUCAAGUUGGCUUCAUUGGCGUACCACGAUCGGAAAAAUCAAAGCCUCUGACGCGCUACUGCAAGAAGCAACCAGGAUAAAUCAGCCCCAAAAAGAGCUUCCAUGUGGUUUUCGAACCAAACCCAGAUCCUGGGAAAUGACAAGGUAACAUUGCAGAGAAGCAUUCUUUGAAAUAAGCAUAAGCCCCCUGAUCUUUAGACGUUCUGUUGACAUCGCUUCUCUUUCCUCGGGUUUUCUUCAGCCAUUUCAUCUCAUGCCCACUUCAUUUUUAUAUACUUUUGGUGUUUGACCUCUUAAUACCCUCCGAUUUCCACAAUGGCAAAUAGAGGUGGAAACCACGGCGUAACUUUCCUCUACCCACCAACGGGUCUAUCCCCCAAUUACCUCGAUACCAUCAAUGUAAUCUACACAUCUCCCUUCUCCGACCCACUGCUCUACACAUGGUGUCGUAACGCAUCAAACCCAUCAGAUCUGGUUCAAAGUGAUUAUCCCCCUCAUACUCCCAAGAUUACUCAGAGACUAAUACCAUCCCUCAGAACGAAUUGAUAAAGUAACGCCCUACAACGGCACCCUUCCAGUAAUCCUCGACUACCUCAAAGUCUCCUCAUGUUACUUCAACCUUCGUCCCAGCACCACAGCAGGGAACGGAGCCAAUAGCGAAUCUAUCGUACUUCUUCCCUCAGCACGUUCGCCGGUCCCAACAGUCUAUGGGUUACAAGCAGAUCCAACUUCCACUCCACAGACAAAUCCAGAGACAACCCAGGAAGCAAAUCCAGAAUCAACCCCAUCACCUAGCCCAUCACCAAUCCCAGUAGCAGUCAACCCAGCAAACCCACCUAGCGGCCUCGCGACAGGAGCAAUAGCCGGAAUCACAAUCGGCGCAAGCAUUCUUGGUAUUGCUCUCAUAGCAUCCAUAAUCUUCCUCAUCCUGCGAAGAAGACGCCAAAAUAACGCCGCUCUCUCAAAAACCGCCCUUCCAGAGAAAACGUACGAAAAAGACCACGUUCACAUCAACGGAUCCUACUCACCCUCGCCCUCCUACAACCCCAGCAUGUCAAGUCCUCCAAUAGCAGGUCAAGAAAACCGCUACCCCAUCUCCGAAAUGAGCGCCUCACAGCCCGGAACGAUGGGAUUGAAUCCCCAGAAUGUGAUACAUGAACUCGGUCCUGGACAGUCGGAGAACAGGAAUAGUGAAAAACGACGUUGAAUGUUACCAGGAAGAAAAUAGCGGAAAACAAAGCCAUCGCGAUGGGUCUCCUUCACUUCUUCCAUACCGCCACCGUACUUCUCUGCCAAUCACAGUAUCAGCACUCGACAUCUCACUAGCUCCAGAACUUCAUGGCAAUUACUCUGAGAGGGGAUCUAUUCUUUUCGUAAAACACAUUAUUAGAAGCAGAAAGCGAUUGAUUUUUCUCGAGCCGAGCCGGAUCUAGUUGGAGAGUGCAUAUCCUGUCACCUCCCCAACAAUUAGUGUAGAAUGGGCGGCAUAAAGAAGAAAGCGCCGUCAUUUGCAAUGUAUAUAUAUAUGGUAACACCAUUGGCUUUGGCAGAGAGUAAACAUACGAGGGCGGAUCGUAUUUAAAUAGUGAUCUUCCAAUAACCGAGUCCAACAUAACACAGGCUCUCGAAUCCAUCUCAUAUUCAAACAACUUCCCACAUCAGUCCCACCUAGGGUAUAACAUCUGAUUCCCGUACGUUUUUCCUCAAAUCAAAAUUGAUAAAACUUGAAAGUGUUCAUUGCUCCAUAGCUUAUGUAUAUAUAUAUAAAUACAAGCUACUCUACAGCUCAUCCUUACCUUCCGCAACAUACUUCCCACCACUCAAAUCCGGCAUCCCC